AUGGAACGAGCGGGAAGGUUGAUUGAAGUCGAUUUGCAGGGACUGAUGCCGCUCAUUGACUUCAGCGCGAUCGCAAGGCACAUUUUCAAAGAGUCUAUGUCUGUGGAGCUUUAUGAUGGGUCAUUUGUCUACAUUGAGCACAUCUCCCAUCAGGGACCGGAAAUAUCCCUUUAUGGGAGAAGGCUUUAUCGAACCAAGGGGUUGCGUCUUCCACAUAUUCCGAAUUGUAUUCCACGGAAUGAUAAUGAGCUUGUAUGGGCAAUUGAGGUGGACUAUGAUAGGAGUACUGACGAUUUGAUCCGCGACAAAAAUGGAGGUCCUUUCUCAGUCGAUGAAGUUCGGCACUUGCGCAAGAUCCAUUUCACCAACGUCCCACUCACAAAGCAUGGGCAAUAUAGACAGCCGAAGGGAUUGGUCUGUCGCUUGAAAUGGACAUUUCGGUGGCGGGAGAAUCUGACCACCCGGCAUCACGAAAGCCAUAGACUCCCGGAAAAUUCGGUCGAAUACCUGAGAUUUGAGGAAGCUGAUAGUGAAUAUCGUUGUUCCCCUGUGGAGCUCAGGGAGAAAUGGCGAGGACCAAGGAGGACCAUUCCCUAUGGCGAUGCGAAGUUGUCAUACUCGCAGUCUUCAACUUCUGGUCUGAAUGACUCAACCAUUGAUCUCACCACCGAUGGCCGUACAUACUCUUUUGGCGAUGCCUACUGUGGUGCUGGCGGAGCCUCCUGCGGAGCCCAGCAAGCGGGACUGUGGAUUAAAUGGGCUUGUGACAUCAACUCGUAUGCUGCUCAGACCUACACCCUAAACUUCCCUCACGUUGCGGUUUGGAAUUCCCCGUUCCACGAUUUCAUGACCAACACUGAUGAAUUCCUCCGCGUGGAUGUCUGCCAUUGCUCUCCACCAUGUCAGACCUUCUCACCUGCACAUACGAUCGACAGCAGUCGGGAUGAGGAUAACUAUGCCUGCAUCUUCACGGGCCGUAACCUACUGGAGCGAGCGCAUCCCCGCAUUCUGACUAUGGAAGAGACCUCUGGUCUUAAAGAGAUCCCCAGAAAUGCCGAAGUCCUGGACCGGGUUCUUCUGGAUUGGCUGGAGAUCGGCUAUUCAGUUCGUUGGGGACUGUUAGAGGCGCUUCAUUACGGUAUCCCACAGACUCGGAGAAGACUGAUCAUCUUUGCGGCUGGACCAGGAGAAACACUCCCCAAGUUUCCUGAACCAACUCAUGGUCUUCCGGGUAGCGGUCUGGCUCCUAUAAAAACCAUCCACGACGCCAUCUCGGGAAUUCCUGAGGAUGCUGACAACCAUGAGACGGUUAUCGAAGAAGACCGAUGGAGCACAGCCCACCGUGCUUCGUAUUACCCUCGCCAACCGGCGAAGACUCUCACCUGUAACGGCGGGGAGGGUAAUUGGCACCCCUCUGGAAAGCGACGAUUCACUUGUCGAGAGGUGGCCUGCCUGCAGACCUUUCCCAUCGAUUUCGAGUUUUCGGGCAAGGGAACCCGGCGGCAGAUUGGGAAUGCUGUGCCUCCGACGUUUGCCCGGAAGUUCUUUGAGUCGGUGACCCAGUCUCUGAGAGAGACCGACGAGCGAGAGCUGGCCGAGAAAUCCGCGCGGGGCCGUAUUUGGGCAUGA